CCUAGGACGAGAGCACGCCCGAACGUGCCCACGGCGUCCCGCCCCUCCGUGCUGCUUCCCAGUCAGCGUGCCUCCACGCGCAACAGGCCGUGCGCGGUUUGCAUUUCCUCCCUCCUUGUGAAUAAUGCUAAAGAACUCAGAGCCUGCAGGAAACGGAGAGGAAGAAGACAGGUCUGUUCCCUGCAAGCAGGUGAAGGUAGAUGUGUCCGACAGUAUGUCUGCAUUAAGUUUUGAUAGCCCCACUGCUCUUUUUGAAAGUUUAAUCUCACCCAUCAAGGUAGAGACUUUUUUCAAGGAAUUCUGGGAGCAGAAGCCCCUUCUCAUUCAGAGGGAUGACCCUUCAGUGGCCACAUAUUACCAGUCUCUGUUCAGACUCUCAGAUCUGAACAGGAUCUGCCUUCAAGGAUUGUACUAUGGAAAAGAUGUGAACGUCUGCCGGUGCAUCAAUGGGAAGAAGAAGGUUUUAAAUAAGGAUGGCAAAGUACACUUCCUUCAGCUGAGAAAAGAUUUUGAUCAGAAGAGGGCAACAAUUCAGUUUCACCAACCACAAAGAUUUAAGGAUGAACUUUGGAAGAUCCAGGAAAAGUUGGAAUGUUACUUUGGCUCCUUAGUCGGCUCAAAUGUAUACAUGACUCCAGCAGGAUCUCAGGGCCUCCCUCCCCAUUAUGAUGAUGUCGAGGUUUUUAUCCUGCAGCUGGAGGGAGAGAAACACUGGCGCCUCUACUCCCCAACUGUGCCCCUGGCACAUGAGUACAGUGUGGAGCCUGAGGCCCGGAUUGGCACACCAACACAUGACUUCAUAUUGAAGCCUGGUGAUUUGUUGUACUUCCCCAGAGGGACCAUUCAUCAGGCAGAAACUCCUUCAGGCCUGGCCCACUCCACUCAUGUGACCAUUAGCACCUACCAGAACAACUCAUGGGGAGAUUGCCUUUUGGAUUCCCUUUCUGGCCUUGUAUAUGACAUUACCAAGGAAGAUGUGGCUCUGAGGACUGGAAUACCCCGGCAGAUGCUCAUGAAGGUGGAAACCCCAACUGCUGCACUAAGAAAGUUGAGUGGCUUUCUGAGGACCCUUGCAGACCGGCUAGAGGACAGAAAAGAACUCCUGUCAUCAGACAUGAAGAAGGAUUUUGUCAUGCACAGACUCCCCCCUUACUACAUGGAAAGUGGAAUAGACUUGUUGGAACCAGGUAUAAAGUUCCCAACGUUGGACAGCAUAGUAAAACUGCAGUUUAAAGACCACACUGUCUUCACAGUAGGGCCAGAUGAGGAUCAGUCUGAUGAAGCGCCACAAAAAGUGAUUUACAUCUAUCAUUCGCUAAAGAAUCUGAGACAGACACACAUGAUGGGAAAAGAUGAGGAAACACAGGUUCAUGGGCUUCGCUUCCCUUUAUCACAUCUGGAUGCUCUGAAGCAAAUCUGGAGUGGUUCAGCAGUGCCUGUCGAGGACUUGAAACUUCCCACAGAUGAAGAAAAGAGGAACCUGGUACUGUCUCUCUGGACAGAAUGUUUGAUCAAUGUACUCUAGUGCCUGUAUACAGAGAACUGUAAUUUCCUAUGCACAUGUUUUCAUUAAAAGGAGAUUUAAUUCUA